AUGGAUCGGAAGUAUCAGAAAGUCGAGAUGGGAGUGGGCGCCUUUCAUCAUCCGCCGAGAGCAAAAUACAGCGAGGAAACGAAAAAUUUAAUCAAACUUUUGAUGGAAGAGUCUAAAGUGAGCAUGAUGAAAAGGAAAUCGAUUCAAGAAGCGAUGAACAAGGGUGAAUCUUUGCCGCUUGUGGUCGAAAAGUCGAAAGCGGAAUUAAACAAGCACGAUUUGAAAUAUCAGGUAACGAUGCCUACAAUUUGGAAAAAACGUACGCAAGAUAUGAUUGUUAAAAGUGGCGCGUAUGAGAGAGAGCAGUAUAGAAGGACAUCUCCUUUGCGUAAUAAAGAAAAGCAGAAACGUCAUUUGGCGUGCAUGAUGGCAUAUGGAAAGGAUAUGCCAGAAACUCCUCGUGGACGAAUAAUUCAUCAUCAAGCAAGACAAAUAUCACAUAAUUCUGAUACUACCGAUCCUAUCGACGAUUUGGUACGUGGAAUUCAAGAGAGAAUGGAAUUUUUGAGUGACAUGGAAUGUCUUGGAAUGGACAAAAAGUAUCGUCCUAUAAUACAGCAAGAAAUAGCACAUAAACUACGAUUAAUCGAAUCGGUAGACAAACAAAGAUCCAAGGAAGUUCGCAAAGAAAUCAGAGAUCUCGAAAGGCCAUUACCGAAACCAUUUCCUUUGGGACAGCUGGACGAAAAUUAA